GUCCUCUUCGGGACUGUGCAGUCGUUUGCUCAGACCAUGCCAAUGCUUUGCGCCGCGAAAUUACCUCACGCUAGUUGUGCGCUUGCUGACGCAAGUGUUUAUACCGGUGACAGGGAAAUCAACAAAACUCGGUACGGCACAGCGACGGCGCUGACCAGGUGUAGCAUGCAUUCGCAAGGCUGAGACAUGGCGCGAAUAGAGCCGGUGUACCAUGCGAGUGUGUGCGCCCACUGCAUCAGCUCGGAAGAACGUUACAAGGACGGAUUUUCACGCUCGCCAAGCCUGCUCCGAGUACUGCAAACGCCAAAAAGAGUCGGCCAUACGAGGGUGACAGUGGGCUUGCAGGCGGCUGUUUCUGUAUCACCUUCGCGUAUCACUACGAGACAUAUUGAAAUCUGAGCUGUGCAGGUCACACAACGAUUGAGGGUCUGAACAACCGUCUAUAACGAAUAUCAACUCCACUUAUACGUAAAGGUUGCAACAGCGACCAACGGGUCUGAGUUCACGCGGUAUGAACGAGGACGAUGCGACCACUGUUGAUAGCAACGGACAAUGUUUCUUCCAUGGUGCUCCUC